CUGGGUCCACUCCGUUUUAUCUCAGCGUGGCGUCCAGAGGUGACCAGGAGGGUCCAAGAAGUGUGCACCACCAGCGCUUCUCUCCUGCUUGUGACUUUAUUUUGCAGCUUUUGAACACUGGAACUGUACUGUAAGCAUUAUGACUCUUCUGAGCUCCGAACACUCCAUACUGAUACGAAGCAAGUUUAGAUCAGUCCUACAGUUAAGACUUCAGCAGAGGAGGACACGAGAGCAGCUGGCAGACCAAGGCAUCAUGCCUCAGCCGGCCUCAGACGGCCCCUCUCUGGAGGCCCAGAGGAGGCUAGAGCGAGCCCGGCUCGCCCAGGACCUGAAUGAGAAGCUGGCUCUCAGGCCGGGGCCCCUGGAGCUGCUCCAAAAGAAUAUCAUGCCCCUAGACUCUGACGUCACAAUGACAGUGAACCAUGGCAAGUUCCCGAAGCAGGAGGACUCGUAUGCGUUUGAGGAGGACAGCAGCAGUGAGAGUUUGUCUCCAGAGCACCACAGUGACGAGUCUCAGGGCUCGGCCUGCCCUUCAUCAGAGGCUGUGGGCAGCACGCCCUCCUCCUCUUCAUCACCUGCUGUCACCAGCCCACGACAGGGGGGUGCAACCCAAGAGCCACCUGAUCAAAGCCAGGAUGAAAACCUGUCUGGGACCAACAGCAGCCAAGCUACUCCUCCAGUCCCUGUUCCUGCUAUUGGCAAGUCCAAGACUUCAGACAAGAACCGACACAAGAAGCCCAAAGAUGUGAAGCCGAAGGUGAAGAAGCUCAAGUACCACCAGUACAUUCCUCCGGACCAGAAGGCGGAGAAGUCUCCUCCGCCCAUGGACUCGGCCUACGCCCGGCUCCUGCAGCAGCAGCAGCUCUUCCUGCAGCUGCAGAUCCUCAGCCAGCAGAAACACGCUCACACACACGCACAGUCACAGCAGCCGCAGCAGCACACACACACUGCACAGAGCCAGGCCCAGCAGCGGCAGCCCUCCUUCAGCUACCAGCCUCAUCCGUCCACACACACUCAGAAAGGAGCCAGUGAGCAGCUAACAGCUUGUAGCUCCAGCGGUCCGUCCAGCCAAGCCAACAGUACCUCCUCCUCCCCGGUCAAGAACACGUACGCCAACCAAAGCAACAUUUCACCGGUCAAACCUGGGCCCCUGCCGGCUAACCUGGAUGACCUAAAAGUAUCGGAGCUCAGGCAGCACCUGCGUAUCCGCGGUAUGCCCGUCUCCGGCACCAAGACGGCCCUCAUCGAGCGACUCCGACCCUUUAAGGACUCCAACACGGGCUCCUCGCCAUCGGGCUCCUCUGACAUCACCACAGUGACGUUCCCCGUCACGCCCACAGGAUCCCUGUCCUCCUACCAGUCCCCGUCCUCCUCCAGCACCCUGUCCCAGGGAGGCUACUACCACUACCCCAGCACCUCCUCAUCUCCUCCCAUCUCUCCGGCCUCCUCGGAGCUCUCCCUCAGCGGCUCGCUCCCCGACAGCUUCAGCGACGUGCCCAUGUCUUCGCCGACGCAGUUCGCCCUGCAGCCGUCUCCGGCUCAGCUCGGCCUGGAGGACGGCCUCGGAGGAGGGAGGCCGAGGGCGGGGGAGGGGGAGGGGAUGGACGGAGUGGAGGCGGAGAAAGACAAGAUGCUGGUGGAGAAGCAGAAGGUGAUCGAGGAGCUGACGUGGAAGCUGCACCAGGAGCAGAGACAGGUUGAAGAGCUCAGGAUGCAGCUCCACAAGAGGAAGCGUUGCUACGGAGCCACACAGGACAGCAUCCCUGCUCCGCCUCUCCCGCCCAUGCUCCACCAGCAGACUCCAGCCAUGAUGGGACAGCACUUCUUUGGGGUGACCAUCAAGCAGGAGCCCAUGUCCUUGUCCUCCAGCUGCCCCCUGUCCUCCUCCAAACAGCUGAAGGCGUCUCCUGGCAGCUGCAUGGAGGAGGUGGGCCGCUGCACCAACCCCUUCUCCCGUCCCGGAGGACCACAGUGUAUGGACACGUCCACCGGCAGCCCGUCCACAAUGUCUGCCUUCCUCAGUCCCCAGUGUUCACCUCAGGACUCUCCCAUUGGAAAGUCUUCUAGCAGCCCCCAGCCUUCUUCUCCCAAUAACCCUUACCUGCUAUCCCCCCCGCUGGGACGGGACGGCUGCGGUCAUUCCCACCCCCAGGGCAACAACAGAGCGCGCAACAUGCAGAUGCAGAAGAACGGUGGCCAGGCAGUGAACUGUUCUUAUCCUUCUGACCAAAGAGGCAAUCAGGCCAUCUUCCCCAGCUCUCCUGAUUGUGGCCACAGCAGCUCCACCAAGGCUGACAACCAGAAUAUGCAACCAAAGAUGUCAGUAGCGCCCUCUCCUCGCCAUGUUGGCCAAAAGUGCCAGGCCCCUCCCCCUGCCUUCAGUAGCUCAGAUUCAGAUGCAUCAGACUUAAGACAGCCCCCAUGCUAUGAGGAUGCAGUCAAGCAGCAACUGACCAGAAGUCAGCAGAUGGACGAACUUUUGGAUGUUCUCAUAGAGAGUGGAGAGAUGCCAGCUAACGCCAGAGAAGAGAGGGAGAGGGCCUCUGUAACCAAAGUUGUGCCUCACAUUACUGUGUCCCCAGGGUGUCCUGGUCUCCUCAUCCCGAGGUUCCACAGACACUACGAGCACCUGUCCGCCACCCAGCUCCCUUACGACCACUCGGCCAAUCACCUCGCCGAGAGCCACCUGGAGAACCUGCUGGGCGUUCCGGUUGGCCGGGGCGUGGAGGUGGCCCUUCUGAAAAUGGCGACAGAGGACGGAGGGCAGGAAGACGACGGGAACCGGGAUGGCGAAGGGUACGGCAGCCCCAACAACCACCACCGCCACCCUCACCACCCCCAACAGGACAAGCUUCUGGCCAACAGGGAUUUGAUGGACACUCCUCUGUCCCCCAUCAGCACCAAGGUGUCCGGCGUCUCCGAGGUGCAGGGGAUGGUCAGCAUGACUUUCAGCGAGACGCCGUGGGAGACGAUGGAGUGGCUGGACCUGACGCCGCCCAGCUCCGCCACAGCCUUCAGUAUCGCUCCGCCCAGUGGGCCCAGUAUCUUCAACACAGAGUUCCUGGAUGUCACAGACAUUAACUUGAACUCUACCAUGGACCUUCACCUGGAGCACUGGUGAAAGAAGGCAACACUGCAGCAUGCUAACCGUCAAAGCCAAGGUAGCAGCUUUAUCAGCUGUGACCAAACCAAAGAACUAUUGACUUCUGCCCUUCACAGCUUCAGUCCAAGUGCCAGAAUGUGCCUCUUGUUAUAACACAGUGGGAUGCCACUUAACUCUAUGGAGUCUCCAAAAGUGCCAAAGCAUCAGACGUAAAAACAAAGCAGACCAAAAGAAGACACAGAAAGA